AUGCCUAAAGAGACCCCAUCCAAAGCUGCUGCCGAAGCAUUGUCCGACUUGGAAAUCAAAGAUUCCAAGUCCAACCUUAACAAGGAAUUGGAGACAUUGAGAGAGGAAAACAGAGUAAAGUCAGACAUGCUUAAGGAGAAAUUGAGCAAGGAUGCUGAAAAUCACAAGGCUUAUUUGAAAUCUCACCAAGUGCACCGUCACAAACUUAAGGAAAUGGAAAAGGAGGAACCUUUGUUGAAUGAGGACAAGGAAAGAACUGUUCUUUUCCCUAUCAAGUACCAUGAAAUCUGGCAAGCUUAUAAGCGUGCCGAAGCCUCUUUCUGGACCGCUGAAGAAAUUGAUUUGUCUAAGGAUAUUCAUGAUUGGAAUAACAGAAUGAACGAAAACGAGAGAUUUUUUAUUUCUAGAGUUCUUGCCUUUUUCGCCGCUUCUGACGGUAUUGUUAAUGAAAACUUGGUUGAAAACUUCUCCACCGAAGUUCAAGUUCCAGAGGCAAAGAGUUUCUAUGGUUUCCAAAUCAUGAUUGAAAAUAUUCAUUCUGAAACCUACUCCUUGUUGAUCGAUACCUACAUCAAGGACCCUAAGGAAAGUGAAUUCUUGUUCAAUGCCAUUCACACCAUCCCAGAAAUCGGUGAGAAGGCCGAGUGGGCUCUAAGAUGGAUUCAAGACGCUGACGCCUUGUUUGGUGAAAGACUAGUCGCCUUUGCCUCUAUCGAAGGUGUCUUCUUCUCCGGUUCCUUCGCCUCCAUUUUCUGGUUGAAGAAGAGAGGUAUGAUGCCCGGUUUGACCUUCUCUAACGAAUUGAUUUGCAGAGACGAAGGUUUGCACACCGACUUUGCAUGCUUGUUGUUCGCCCAUUUGAAGAACAAACCAGACCCAGCCAUUGUUGAAAAAAUUGUCACCGAGGCUGUGGAAAUUGAACAAAGAUACUUCUUGGAUGCCUUGCCAGUUGCCUUGCUAGGUAUGAACGCUGACCUAAUGAACCAAUACGUUGAGUUCGUUGCUGACAGACUUUUGGUCGCCUUUGGUAACAAGAAAUACUACAAGGUCGAAAACCCCUUCGACUUUAUGGAAAACAUCUCCUUGGCUGGUAAGACCAACUUCUUUGAAAAGAGAGUCUCUGAUUACCAAAAGGCUGGUGUUAUGUCCAAGUCGACUAACCAAGAAGCCGGUGCUUUCACCUUCAACGAAGACUUUUAA